AUGACGCAAUUUAUAGAAUAUAGAGGUUUUGACCAUGUCUUCCAGUAUUCUGGCCCUUGGCUUUGGUGGCUAAUUGGUAUCUAUUUGACCUUACCCUUGACGGCAUACAUAAUCAUCCCAUACUUUACUUCUAAAGGAGUCUACUCUGGGAAAAGAAAGACCAUCUCCAUCUUCGUGUUGGGAGAUCUCGGCCACUCCCCAAGGAUGUGCUACCAUGCUAGAUCUUUCUCCAAACUUGAAUACUUUGUCAAUCUUUGCGGAUAUUUGGAAACUCAACCUCCUGAAGAUAUAAUUGAUGAUGUCAAUAUUGAAAUCAGCCCUAUACAAGUAAUCAGAAAUACCCACAGUCUCCCAUUUGUGAUAUUUGCUGCUCAAAAAGUCAUUAUUCAAUUCAUACAGUUGAUGAAGCUAUUGCUUCUGUUCCGCGGGAGUGAUUUUAUCAUGAUUCAGAACCCACCUUCAGUUCCAAUCCUCAUUAUCGUCAUUCUCUUCAUUAAAAUCUUCAGCAGAAACUCCAAAUUGGUGAUUGACUGGCACAAUUUGAACUACACCAUAUUGAACAUGAGAUUCCGCAAUCUACAACAUCCAUUAGUAAGAGGUGUGAAAUUGUAUGAGAAAUAUCUUGGGAGAUUUGCAGAUCUCAACCUUACUGUAACUAAGAAAAUGAAGGUCUUUUUAGCUGAAGAGUUUGGAAUCAAAAAGUCAAAAAUAAUAGUACUUUACGACAGACCUGCUUACCAAUUCCAUCCAAUUGAUAAAGAUACAAAGGAAAAUAUUAUUCAAAAUCAUGAGUUGUUCAAUGGAGUCGAAAAUCUAGAUCAAUACAAGAUUCUAGUUAGUUCUACGUCGUUCACCCCAGAUGAAGAUUUUAGUAUAUUAUUGAAGGCUCUAAAAAAAUAUGACUUAGACAAGAAUCUGCCUCCCGUUUUUUUGUUUGUGACUGGAAAGGGACCACUUAAGCAACAGUUUUUGGAACAUGUUCACGAACUUAUGCUAACAAAUAAAGUAAUAAUUAAAUCAGCCUGGCUCUCUUCUGAGGAUUAUCCUAGGUUAUUGGCGACUGCAGAUCUUGGAGUCUCAUUGCAUACCUCUUCUAGUGGUAUUGAUUUGCCCAUGAAGAUUGUUGACUUUUUCGGCUGUGGAGUUCCAGUAGUAUCAUUAGAUUUCCCUGCCAUUAACGAAUUAGUUAAACAAAAUUAUAAUGGAUUGGUUACUUCCUCUAAGGACUCUAGCAUUGAUGAAUCUGACGAGAUUUAUAAUCUUUUGACAACGGCCCUUACGAAUGAAAAGUUGCUUUCUAGGUUGAAAGAAGGUGCAAUUGCCGAAAGUAAGUUACGUUGGGACGAAAACUGGUCUCAGUCAAUGAACGAUUAUUUUGAAUAUGACAUUAAUUGA